AUGAGUAUCUUUCUGGCAGGUCUUGUUCUCUGUCACAUACCAACUUUUGCUCUGUCUGCACUCUACCCACGCGAUAAUCAACCGCUUCAGCCUAUACACAUUCCCCUUACGCUCAGCAAUCAGCAGUAUGUUAUUAAUGUGGCCAUGUCUUCGGGACCUCAAGUCCAGAAUCUGCCUUUUGUAUUGUCAACAGCGACAGGCUAUACAGUCGUAGCCGGUACAUCUUGUGAUUCAUGUGGUACGGAUGUAUACAACAUCAGUGCUUCCACCUCUGCCCAUCAGAUACCUCAAAGCCAGGACAUAUCAUUAUGGUCUAGUUCCACCAGCGGCUCGCUCAUAACAGAGAACUGCAGCCUCAAACAAGGGAAUGGGGCGCCAUGGAAUUAUACGAACCAAACAAUCGUUGUGGCGAAUCAAUCUCAAACGAUCGUGCCGUCAUCCGGGUUCUCUGGUGUGUUGGGUUUAGGAAGUAAUGCCCGAGAUGGAAACUUCGCGGCAAGUCUUGCAGGCAACUGGCUUUCCCAACACCCAACACGGACAAAUUUUACUUAUGCAUUCGCACUCGACUCACCCGAUUCCACGGGUACGAACGGAGGCAUGCUUCACCUGCUGGCUCAAGAUAGUUCUGCCUUUCGAGGUGACGUAACUUGGAAACCGAUGUCGGACUUCAACUCGAGUUCUGCCAAUUCGGAUUGGUCCGUCAAUAUGGACGGAUGGUCGUUUGAAAGUGGCGAUAACGGGAAGAUAUCGCAGAAUGGAGAUCUAGUGGCCGUACUGGAUCCCUUCUUUCCGACCAUACGCUUCCCACAGGCACAAGCACGAUCAAUAUAUUCGUCUUUAACCGGAGCUACCAUUUAUUCAAAUUCAUCAGAUACUAUCACUUGGGAGGUUCCAUGUGAUACGAAGAUGUCUUUCACAUUUACAUUCGGGAACUUCUCUGCAACUCUCGACCAAACAUCAUUGUUGAGAAAGAGUCAAGGACAAUGUAUCAGCUACGUAGAAGCAUGGACAGACCCCGAUGUCGGCGAAUAUGUCCUUGGGGCGACCUUUAUAUCAGCCAUCUAUCUUAUUUUCACUAUGUCUGGUGGAUCAAGCGGAUCCGUCGGUAUGGCUUCUCGCACCAAUUCUUCCAAGAUGUCAGCGGGAACGAUUGUCGCCAUCGUCAUGAGCACAUUAGCAUUCACCAUUGCUCUGGUAGUCUCAAUAAUGCUGGUCUACCGUUGGUGGCGCAAGCGACAAUCGCCUGAAUUGUCAUAUAAAGAAGAUCUUAGCCACCAUUACAUUCCCCGAGUCACGCCAUACUUUUCUACUGAUCUCACGAGUGAAGCUACCGCACUUAUGCCAAUACCGCCCCCUACACCACCUCAGAACCACAGGAUAUCUACCCCGCACUCUUCUAGACCUGAAUAUCGAAGUCACGCGAGCUCCAGUACUGCCGGGGAGUCAUCGCAGUAUGCCUAUUUCUCCGAUUCAUCGACGCACGAUGAGGCGAAUCUGCUUGGGACCCCACCUCCGUAUGGGGGUUUACAAUAUCCCUAUCUUCACCAACCAGUUCAUGUUGUUUCUGUCAGUCCUCCUACCGAUAGAAAAGUUGUACCCCGAGAAAAUUCCUAA